AUUCCCAGGUACUUAAAAGGCAGGGCAGUUUUCCAGCAGUUUGCAAUUGCACUGCAUCAAGGUUGCACCCAGAUUAGUCCGCUGAAAUCUUCAUUUCUCAAUUCAAAAUGGGAAAACAGAAAGCAAUGAUCAAAAAAAUUGAAAAUCAUUGCCGAAUAGAAAAUCUGUUGGGAAGACAGUGUCUUGCUGAAUGUCUAGGAACAUUGAUUCUUGUGUUAUUUGGUUGUGGAGCAGUGGCACAAGUUACCCUCAGCAGGGGUACACAUGGACAAUUUUUGACAAUUAAUUUUGCCUUCGGAUUUGCAGUGAUGCUUGGUGUGCUCAUUGCUGGUAAAGUAUCAGGAGCUCAUCUGAACCCCGCCGUGACCUUUGCCAUGUGCUUGCUUGCCCGUGAGCCCUGGAUAAAGUUUCCCCUUUACUCUUUGGCGCAAACACUUGGUGCCUUCCUAGCAUCGGGUAUUAUUUUUGGUUUGUAUUAUGAUGCGUUUUGGGACUUCAGUGGUCAAAACCAACUACUAGUUUACGGUCCUAAUGCCACGGCUGGAAUUUUUGCAACGUAUCCAUCUGCACAUUUAGGUUCAUCCAAUGGUUUCUUUGAUCAGACGAUUGGGACAGCUGCUCUCAUAGUGUGCAUCCUGGCCAUUGUGGACAAAUGGAAUACCCCAGUGCCUAACGGACUAGAGGCAUUUACUGUUGGCUUUACCGUGCUUGUAAUCGGUUUGUCAAUGGGUUUCAACUCUGGGUAUGCGGUGAACCCAGCCAGAGAUCUUGGACCCCGUUUGUUUACAUCAUUAGCUGGCUGGGGAACUGAGGUUUUCACUGCUGGAAACUACUGGUUUUGGAUCCCCAUUUUUGCCCCACUUCUUGGUUCUAUACUUGGUAUUCUGGUAUAUCAAUUAAUGAUCGGCAUACACUUUGAGCCUAAAGAGCAGAGUUCACCCGCUGGUGAAGAAAAUGUAAAACUCGCAAAUGUGAAAUUAAGAGAAGGUUGCUGAUGCACUGUAGAUCACAUGCAAAUACUUGCUAAAUCGAUACUAGCAAUAUUCUUGUCACACCACAAAAUGUGGACGCUUUUGAAGAUUAUAGCUUUUUUAGAAGACUAUUUCAAGGCAAUGUAGCUUUUUAUGUUCGACGCUUACAAUGUCCUGAUGGAUUUCCAAGGCCACAAACCAAAUGCAAAAAUAUCCACAGGCAUUGGCGCACAUACUGUUUAAUAGACACAACGACAAAUACAAAAUAAAGUCAUGAGUGCAUUAUGCUGUGAGAAAACAAUUCACCAAAUUAUAUUUUUUAAUUAAAAAUUUUUUUUUUUUAGAUUUAAUGGCAUAACAUCAUAAGGAAUUGGAGUAAAAUUUGGCCAUUCAGCGCAUCACAUCUACAUUCAAAAUCAUGGCUGACCUAUUUCUCUCUCAUAACCCCAUUCUUCUGCCUUCUCCCCACAACCUCUGACACCUGGAUUAAUCAAGAAUCUAUCUAUCUCUGCUUUAAGAAUAGGAGUAGAUUUCAUUUGUCCUGACAAAUUUCACUUGUCCCGUUUCGCUUUAGGCACAGGGGUGCGUGCCCCUUACAUGUUUUUGUAAAUGGAAGAAAAUUGGACCUUGGUUGCAGACUUCCCAGUCUAGAUAUUCAUGGUGAUUUCAACAAUUAAUUUGAAUGAAUGCUUGUUUUCAGUCUGUGCCUAAUUUGGAGCCCAUCAGCAUUCAUGUUAUCAGAUCAUCAUGUACGCCCAUGAGAAGGUUCUAGAACGUUCACUGCUUUGUAAAAUUUGUUUAAAGUUAAUAGUCAAAAAACUUUGUGAGAUACAAUGUUUUAAAUCGCUGUCUAGUGACCAAGUACACCUGACUAGUGUAUACUACAAUAAGGGAUUGACUGGAGGUGGUAUAAUAAUCAGUUUAUUAAUAACAGGGUUAGAUUCCAGGACCUUUAAUCUAGAAUCUUAAAUUUGAUAUUGUCUAACUAUGUUUAAUUAUAGAUUGAAUCAGUAAUGUUAUAUCUGAACAGAAACUCCUGGAAAUUACAUUAGGCCUGUAAGUUCUUUGAGGUGAACAUUGGCAGAGUGAAGUUAUCUUCCGCUUUGGCCAUAAACAUUUGUAUUGUUUGCCUAUCUGUUGCUUUGGCCUGAAUCGUGUCAUUUGUCACAUCAGACGUGUAUCUGGUUCUGAUCAUCCUCAUGCCCUCUGCAUUAAAGAGAUCAUCUCUUUGCACAUCCACAUCAUUCACUGUUCUGCCUCAGUCCAAUUCUUACUAAAAUCGUAUGUGCUUGCCAUUUUCAAACCUAACUGGGAAUGAAUUGGAAAGCUCUUAAAAGUGGGAGUAUGGAUCAGGAUGUGGAACAAACAAUGGAAUGUGCAAGUAUCUCUAUUUGUAUUCUGGAUAAAGUAGGUGCAUAGGAGUUCAGACCAAUCAUUUUGAUGGGCAAUGAUAAGGGCAUGAUACAAUGAAUGGUAUCAUGACCUGCCCUCUUUCGGAGCUUCUGGCAUAUCUUUGCAGUGACCCAGUAAAUGCCAUUAGCAGUCUGAUUCAUACUGCAACUCUUAUUGAUCGAGAAGUCAAUGCCGGGGGCUGUGGUGGAGGCACAUCCAACAGUAGCAUUUUAAAGGCUUUUAGCCAGGAUCAUGGAUAUGCAGGGAAUGGAGGGGCAUGCAUCAUGUCAUGAGUAGGCAGAUGAGGUGAAUUUAUCUUGUCAUCAUGUUUUCGCAUAAACAUAAUUUCUUUCUCAUUGUUUCUACAGCUACACUCAACAUAGCAUUAAUUGCUACUUAUUAAACAUCAAAAUAUAUCUAUAAAGUUUAUAGAAUGGGUUUUCUAAGUUUCUUUUAAUGAAAUCAACAGCCCAAAGUGACCACAGAUGAGCCAGCUUUACCAUAUUUACAUUCCAUUAUUUAAAAUAUAAUAAAACAUAACUUUUGUUUAAACACAAUGAGUAAAUCCCAAGCUAACUCUGUCAGCAAUAUAGUUUUUUUUUGCCAGUUUAUGAUCUGCCUAUACAAUGCAUUAACUGUCAUCUUAGGAGGGACUAUUUUUGACAACUAGCUUUGUGCAGCCAAUUGGUAUUCUAAAAUAUUCAGCAGGAUUUGCUAAGAUAUUUAGCAGGGAAAAUUCCACAGGAAAGUUCACAAUUUCUUCUAGUAGUUUUGUUCAAACUUCCAGCAUCUGUAAUUUCUUGUGUUGACUCUAAUUUCCCUGGCUGGAGAGCCUAGAAUACUCAAUAGGUAGGAUCGGUAAACUCAAUGGGUUAACACCUCUGCUCAGUCUGGCUAAAUUACAUCUGAUUACAUCUUAUCUCCAUUUACUUUGUUGUUACCUUCUCCAAGCCAGGGCCGGCCUUAGGAGGUGCGGGGUCUAAUUGGGAAAAUUUUCCGUUGAAAUAUAAAUAAAUAAUUAUAAAUGAGUCGUGUGUCGUGAGUAACAUGACAAUUCGGGGGAGAGUUCCUUUCACAGCGUGUGGGGAGUCUAGCCAGGGGUAAAGUUGCGAGGAGGGAAUGAGCGUUGAGAAGGAGGGGGUCGGGUUCAUGCCAGUAACACUCACUCACUGCUGCGGGCGCCACCGCAUUGUGGCCGCUUCCCAUCAGCUGCUAGCAAUGAGGGAUAGACUUGGCUAUACCUCAGUACAGCAACAUCGUUCUUGAUGUUGCUGUACUGAGGGAUAACGAAGUCUAUCCUUCUUGGCUAACAACCUAACCUUCGGCCUCCAAGAUGCGGGUACAUUUUCCAGCAAUUUUACAAAAUCUUGAGAUUCGAAAAAUCAAGUCUGCAAUUUUAUCUAACUCGGAAAUUGAAUAUAGACAAAAUCUGGAGUAGCUCAGCAGGACAGGCAGUGCAGCGACUCUGGAGAGAAGACCCUUCUUUAGACUGAACUGAACUCUCGUCGGUGAGAGUACUUGUGAUUGUCUGAAGAAGGGUCUCGACCAGAAACGCAACCCUCUCCCCAGAGCCCCUGCCCAUCCCGCUGAGCCACCACAGACAGGGAAUUGAAGGUAGACACAGAGGGGUCCACCUUCAACUUCAGAGUCAAACAAAAAACACAGAAUGUUGGAGAAACUCAGCGGGCAAGGCAGCACCCGCGGAGGGAACAUAUCACUUAUCAGGAGCCGCCACGGGCCAGGAAUCCCCCCUCCCCCCCAAACAGAAAAGAACUGCAGAUGCAGCCAUCACCGCAAAACGUCGAAGAAAGAACUGUAGAUGCUAGAAAAUCAAAGGUAGACAAAAGUGCUGGAGAAACUCAGCGGGUGUAAGGCAGCAUCUAUGGAGCAAAGGAAAUAGCCGGGUCUGAAGAAGGGUUUCGACCCGAAACAUUGCAUAUUUCCUUUGCUACAUCGAUGCUGCCUUGCCCUCUAAGUUUCUCCAGCUUUUUUAUCUACUGCAAAACGUCAAUGAUUCCAGGAAUGCCGAGAGAGCAAGAGAGAGAGAGAGCACGCAAGGGAGAGAUAGGGAGGGAGAGAGCGAGACAGAGAGACACAACGUGGGUCGGUAGGUAAAUUGAAUGACUAACCUGAUGCAGACCAUGAAGAAGUUCUCACUCAUGAUCAAAGAUCUUAUAGCGGAGCUUGCUCAUGAUGGUGAGUUUUAAGAAAUUCAAUGUGUCAUUAAUGCAUCAAUCUACAUUCCUCAGUAAAAUGUAAUUAUGUUUUGAAGAAGUGUUAAUGACGUCGCAUGAAUUGUAUUCAAAGGAACCCUCCUCCACCAUAAAUGAGGCUCGCACCAGGGUCUCUUCCAUACCCCGCAACACUGCUCUCUCUCCCCAUCCCCCCACUCGCAACAAGGGCAGAGUCCCCCUAGUCCUCACCUUUCACCCCACCAGCCGUCACAUACAAAAGGUAAUCCUCCGUCAGCUUCGCCACCUCCAACGUGACCCCACCACUCGCCACAUCUUCCCAUCUCCCCCCAUAUCUGCCUUCCGCAAAGACCGCUCCCUCCAUAACUCCCUUGUCAAUUCUUCCCUUCCCUCUCAUACCACCCCCUCCCCGGGCACUUUCCCUUGCAACCGCAAGAGAUGCAACACUUGUCCCUUUACCUCCCACCUCGACUCCGUUCAAGGACCCAAGCAAUCGUUCCAGGUGCGACAGAGGUUUACCUGCAUCUCCUCCAACCUCAUCUAUUGCAUCCGCUGCUCUAGAUGUCAGCAGAUCUAUACCGGUGAGACCAAGCGGAGGUUGGGCGAUCGUGUCGCCGAACACCUCCGCUCGGUCCGCAAUAACCAAGCUGACCUGCCGGUGGCUCAGCACUUCAACUCCCCCUCCCACUCCGUCUCCGACCUCUCUGUCCUGGGUCUCCUCCAUGGCCACAGCGAGCAGCACCGGAAAUUGGAGGAACAGCACCUCAUAUUCCGUUUGGGGAGUCUGCAUCCUGGGGGCAUGAACAUUGAAUUCUCCCAAUUUUGUUAGUCCUUGCUGUCUCCUCCCCUUCCUCAGUCCCCCAGCUGUCUCCUCCCAUACCCCAAUCUUUAGGCUCCUCCUCCUUUUUCCUUUCUUGUCCCCGCCCCCGAUCAGUCUGAAGAAGGGUUUCGGCCCGAAACGUUGCCUAUUUCCUUCGCUCCAUAGAUGCUGCUGCACCUGCUGAGUUUCUCCAGCUUUUUUGUGUACCUUCGAUUCUCCAGCAUCUGCAGUUCCUUCUUAAACGCAGCGUCAUUAAUACUUCUUCUAAAACACAAUUACACAUUUACUGAGGAAUGCGAAUCCAUGCAUUGAUGACGCAUUUGGAUAACGACUUGUUAACACAAGUGCUACAGUCGUUAACACAUUGUUUGUGUCUGAUAGCCGUACAGCGCCUGUAUUCCAUGUGCAAAACCAUGUAAGUUUUGUAAAAAAAAUCCGUAUGGCGAAUGUGUUUUUUUCAUCUUUAUUUAACAAAGCAAAUUUGUAUUUCCAUAUGAAAUACGGAAAAUUAACGCGGGGCCCCCCUUGGGCGCGGGGUCCAAUUUGGAAAACAUAGAAAAUAGAAAAUAGGUGCAGGAGUAGGCCAUUCGGCCCUUCGAGCCUGCACCCCCAUUCAAUAUGAACAUGGCUGAUCAUCCAACUCAGUAUCCUGUACCUGCCUUCUCUCCAUACCCCCUGAUCCCUUUAGCCACAAGGGCCACAUCUAACUCCCUCUUAAAUAUAGCCAAUGAACUGGCCUCAACUACCUUCUGCGGCAGAGAAUUCCAGAGAUUCACCACUCUCUGUGUGAAAAAUGUUUUUCUCAUCUCGGUCCUAAAAGAUUUCCCCCUUAACCUUAAACUGUGACCCCUUGUUCUGGACUUCCCCAACAUCAGGAACAAUCUUCCUGCAUCUAGCCUGUCCAACCCCUUAAGAAUUUUGUAAGUUUCUAUAAGGUCCCCCCUCAAUCUUCUAAAAUCUAGUGAGUACAAGCCGAGUCUAUCCAGUCUUUCUUCAUAUGAAGGUCCUGGCAUCCCAGGAAUCAGUCUGGUGAACCUUCUCUGUACUCCCUCUAUGGCAAGAAUGUCUUUCCUCAGAUUCGGAGACAAAAAUCGGUCUAAUCGGCCUAGGGCCAGCCCUGCUCCAAGCUAACAAUGAUCUAUUCUACAUUUUCCUUGAUCUCCAGCCCCUUUGAUGUCUCGUUCUCACACCUGAUAUUUCCUUAUCUCUGUAUCCCCCCCUCAGUCUGAAGAAGGGUCGUGAUCCGAAACGUCAUCUAUUCCUCUCCAGAGAUGCUGCCUGCCCCGCUGAGUUACUUCAGCAUUUCGUGUCUAUCUUCGGUUUGAACCAAAAUCUGCAGUUCCUUCCUACACACGGGUUGGAUACCUUGAUGUUUAAUAAAUAGCAAAUUAUUUCUAUAUUGAGUGUAGCUGUAGAAACAAAGGUGAAGGAAAUGCCAAACAUCUAGCUCACUAUUCAUGUUAACCUGCAAAACAUUAACAGAAAUGGAAGUACAAGUGAGGCAGAAGCUGGUUUCUUUGAACCCACCCAGUACAGCGAUUAAAGGUGUUGACAGAAAUUCAUGUUGGUUCAAGCUUGAAGGCAAGUCUAAAUAAAAGUGAACAUUUGACUGAUGAUGAAUAAAUCUGGCAUCUACCCCUGCACCAAGAACAUGUACUCAUUUAUAAUUAAAUCACAAAUUGCUUAAAGGCUGCCUUCUAUGGACAUCUUCUGUUUAUGUGAGAUUAGUUGAAAUAAUUAGAAUUGACAUUUUGUGUGAAUGUCAUUUUAUGCUGACACAAACAUAAUGACAAGUGUUUAUAUAGAAAUAAUGGAUGAGAUAUUACCAAUCAAUUUAGGUGCAUAGAUAUUAAAAUAAUCAUCAGCCAUCCUGAAACUUCUUGGUUAAUGGUCAUUGUUGACUUUUUAAUGAAAAACAACAAAGAAACAUUAUUCAAAAGAUUAGUCUGAAAUACUGGCAUAGUUUAUAGUUGAUCUUCUAAUAUAAUACCUUAGUAAGAGAUAAUCUACUUGACUGCAAAACCGAGAGAAAGAUUACUUUUUUUGUUUUCUGGAAAGUGAUGAAUGUGAUGCAAAGCACUGCAGGUGUUGUAAAGUGCAAUAAAAACAAACACAAACUGGAAUUGUUGAGCAAGCGAGAUCACGCGGGUGGAGAGAAACCAAUGCUAAUGCUUCACCUCAAUGAUUAAAAUCAUCAGUUAAUCUGUCUCACCCUCUUCAGAUGCUGCCCGGUUAAAUAAUCGUGAAGCCAAGUGGGACUUUGGAUCUGACUAUUGUAACAUUGAAGAUAUAUUAAUCAUAGCACAGUUGUAUAGUUGUCAGAACCUUAAACAAUAAUAACCAUCAUAUCACAUUGGCUUAGAUGGUUAUUUAGAACAAUAGAAAUAGAAACAGGAGUAGGCCAUUUGGCUCCUUAGAGUCAUAGGAAACAGGCCAUUUGACUGUUUCAUAGCCAGCAAACAUUGAUUUUGAUUGAAUUUAAAUUGCCUUUGUUUGUUUACUUCCACUUCUACUGGACUUCAUUCCUUUGCUUUUCUUAAACUUUUCAAAAAUUAAUUCUGUCUGACAUGGAAGCCACAUAAUAUGAAAGUCAAAUAUUGAUCUAGUUCACAUGGUAAUAUAGAUUUCAAACAUAAAUUGGUACUAUAACCAUAUAACAAUUACAGCACGGAAACAGGCCAUCUCGGCCCUUCAAGUCCGUGCCGAACAAGUUAUUUUCCCCUAGUCCCAUCUACCUGCACUCAGACCAUAACCCUCCAUUCCUUUCCCGUCCAUAUACCUAUCCAAUUUAUUUUUAAAUGAUAAAAUCGAACCUGUCACCACCACUUCCACUGGAAGCUCAUUCCACACAGCUACCACUCUCUGAGGUACUGUAUGAUAUUAGUACAGGUCUAUUCCACGCCAACAUGCUGAAAAGCUCCUCCAUGCCUUUGAUACAUUAUACUUGACUUUUCUAGUGCAAAAGUUCUAUUCUUCUAUUCUAACCUUCUCCUUCAUUCGUCUACUCUCUUCUAAACUUGAAAUAAUUCAGAAACCCUGUAAUCUAUAACCUAAUUCCUUCCAUCCCAGCUUAUGUCCAACCCUCGUGAUUGCCGACCCUUGUUGAUUGUAGGUUAAGCCAUCGAUCACCUCCUCCACAGCCAACUAUGGUCCAUUGUGGGCUCUUUGGCCAUUGGUGCCGGCUCUGAUCUGUUCUAUGCCUUUUCAUACCUCUAGUUUCUCUCUCCCCUAACUGAAGAAGGGACUUGGCCCGAAACAUCACCUAUUCCUUUUCUCCAGAGAUGCUGCCUGACCCGCUGAAUUACUCCAGUACUUUGUGUCUAACAUGAUUUUAAAAUGUUGCUGUUUUCAAAAUUUACAUGAUCACUCUGCUCCCUAUCUUCAUAAAAUCUUCCAACACUUUCUCUCAGAUAUCCUAUUUCUGGCCAAGUGAUCAUUUCAGAUUUACAAGGCAUCAUAUUUGGAUGCCAAGGGAUUAAUCUCUGAAA